AUGGCGGCUGCUAACAAGAAGUUCGGCUUCAGGCAGUGGAACGCGCAGGGCGCUUUGGAGACGGAGUAUUGGAUUUCCACGGAUGACACCAGUGGCGCCGAGGAGAUCCACGUGACGGCAGGUUCUCCCCAGCGACUCUACCACCACCGCAACGACUCGACCGUCAACACAGCAAUCUCCAGCACCACCGAUCUAAUCUUAGCUAUCGCUGGCGCCGCGCCGCAGGCCUCGAGGAAAACCCCGCCUGGUUGGAAGGGUCUACUUGUGCCGCAGCAGACUCGGCGCAACCUGAAGCGGGCAGCUCGGCACCAACGCCCAAGAACCUCCCCCUCCAGCGACACAAACUCCUCGCGCAACAAUUCUCCCACCCGCACCAUGUCUGUCGACGCCGAAUUAACAUCGCCGAAGCGGGUGUCGACUGCGUUUCCUUCGCCUACCUCUUCAAACAAUGAAUCUAAAAGCAACAGCGCGACGUUUUUCAAGCGCCUCACCCACCACAGGCGCAAUCAAAGCAGCGUGCACGGCAUCAAACCAGAACCCGUGGCGAGAAAGCCGCAAUCGCCACCACGGUCGCCUCCACCAGCGCCCACGCCUGUGCAACAGAAGGAACCCCCAGUCGUCCCUAAGAGUGCUAUGCGAUCUCCUUCUCUAGCAAACGGCCAGUCGCGCCAGCAGAGCACCGAGCAGGUGCCGCAAUUCUCCAUCGCAACCGCAAAUGGAUCUGGAGAUGUCAUGUAUCCAAAUGGCCUGCCCGUUCCUAGAGAAGGCGGCAGUAAAGUCAAAUGGGCUUCAAACGCACUAUCAGAUGCUCCCACCAGGCCGCGACGGACGAGCUCAGCAGCUACACAUGGCCGGAGAUCCUCCAUCUACUCGAAAGCCGCUGAAGGCGACUACUACUUCCAAGGCGUCGAUGCUGGCGUCGGCUCAAAAGCGCGCCGUCUGUCGGUGCAUCUGCCGGAGGAAAUGAUGGUAGAUGCAUGCCGUCUUGAGGACCACUUCAGUUUCCACCACCGACUCAACACUAAGGAAAUUGGCGAGGGUGGAGCGGCUGUCGUCAAGCUUAUGAAGAGCAAAACUGCCUCCGGAGAGUCCAAGGGCACAGUCGUCUAUGCGGUCAAGGAGUUCAGAGAACGGGUACCCGAGGAGGAAGACGAGUAUGAGUACGAACGCAAGAUCAAGUCCGAAUACGCCAUCUCCAAAGCUCUGAAGAACGCGAACAUUGUGCAAACCUUCCAGCUUUGCAUCGACAAAAACAAUCACUGGUAUCACGUCAUGGAAUACUGCCAACUUGGCGAUCUCAACGAUCUCAUAGUACAGGGCUACUUUUCGAAAGAAGACCGGAAUUGCAUGUUCAAGCAAUUGGUGAGAGGAAUCAACCAUCUGCACGAACGCGGGAUCGCGCAUCGAGAUAUCAAGUCAGAAAAUUUGCUUGUGGAUGCGAAGGGAUGCUUGAAGAUCGCGGAUUUCGGCACGGCGGAAGUAUUUGCAGGACCGCACCCCGGAGCUCGAAAUUGUGCAAAGCAGGACUUGAUCGACCCUGACGAGGAAGUACGCCUUUGUCAGCCUGGAUGGGUCGGUAGUCGGCCCUACAUGGCUCCGGAGGUCUUUCAACGCACAGGGAUCUACGACCCUCGCGCUGUGGACGUGUGGUCUGCGGCAAUUGUCUACCUCACAUUGAUAUUCCAGGGAAACCCCUGGGAUUCUGCCCAUCCGGAUUGCAACAAUUACAACGUCUACAUGGACUCUUGGGAUCGAUGGGAAGCAGCCCAGCCCAACGCAAAGGUCAGCCCUGGAUGCGUGCCUGACUUUGCCAUCAGGAGCAAGUGGAAGGGCCUCGACGACAAGGCAAUGAUCUGCGGAAUGCUCGAUCCACUUGCUUCACGCCGGUGGACCAUCAAGCAAGUGCUCGAGAGCAAGACGCUCGAACUCUACGAAUGCUGCCAGCAAGAAGGAUACAACGAAGACAUUCGGAAGCGGCAAAAGAAGGCGCUGCACAACCACAUUCCGCCGGAUCGACGGAAGGAGUUCAAGAAUGUCAAGUGA